AUGUUCCUACCGAUCCCACACUUGCAGACUCUGGAUCUUUCCGAGUCUGAGAUCAAGUCAUUGGAUUUUCUGAUGCUGGCCAAUCUUACGGCACUCCGAUAUCUGAAAUUGACAGACAGUGACAUCUCUGUAGUCAACGAGACAGUCUUCCAGUACCUUCCAUCUCUAACACAUUUGGAUCUGAGAAAUAAUCCGUUUACCUGUGAGUGCUUAAACGCAGGUUUUAUCCAGUGGGUAAAGAGCAACAAGCAAACGCAGGUAUUCAACGCUCAUCAGUAUGAAUGUUCCUUUCCUGUGUCUAAACGUGGUACCUUCUUACUAGACUUUGACGUCAAGACCUGCUGGGAAGACGGCAGCUUUCUAUACUUCAUUUCCAGCUCUUGUCUGCUCUUCUGGGCCUUUCUCUACGACAACAGGAAGAGGAAGACCAUGAACCCUCAUCAGUUUGACGCCUUUGUGUCCUACAACGUCCAUGAUGAGGACUGGGUUUACAGGGAGAUGCUCCCAGUGUUGGAGGGACAGCAGGGCUGGAGACUCUGCCUGCACCACAGAGACUUCCAACCAGGAAAACCCAUCAUAGAGAACAUCACUGAUGCCAUUUAUGGCAGCAAGAAAACCAUCUGUGUGAUCAGCCAAAACUACCUGCAGAGUGAGUGGUGCUCCAGAGAGAUCCAGAUGGCCAGCUUUCGUCUAUUCGACGAACAGAAAGAUGUUCUGAUUCUGCUGUUUCUGGAGGAGAUUCCUGCUCAUCAUCUGUCUCCGUAUUACCGCAUGAGGAAGCUGGUGAAGAAACGCACCUACCUGAGCUGGCCUCAGGCUGCACAGCAUCCAGCAGUUUUCUGGCAGAAUGUCCAGAGAGCUCUACAGACAGGGGAUUCAGAAAAUACGGAUCAGCUGACCGGACCGGCCGGGCGCUGAGAGAGAGCUGCACAGAUUCAAACUGCUCCUCCAAACCACUCAUGAGAACUACAACGUGACAGACGCUAGAAGAAAUAAAGUCCUUCCAGCAAGUUU